AUGGAGUUCUCACCAAAACCAAAUAAAAGCAAAAUUUAUUGCUCCGUUUAUGGUUGUAAAAAUCGAGCAUGUAAAAACGACACGGUUCGUUUUUUUAAUUAUCCGAAAAAAAAUGAGAGUGUGGUUACUAUUAAAAAUAAAUUCGGUGAAGAUGGAAAAAUUGAUCGUUUUAAUGCAUGGAUAAAAAUUUUGAAAAUGGGUAAAACUGUGACCGCUACGAUGAGAGUAUGUUCAUUACAUUUUGUCGCAGAAGAUUUUAUUCCAUCGAGUUGUAUAGUGCGCAGAUUAAAAAAAACAUCAGUUCCAUCAGUAAACCUGCCGACUCUUUCAACUGACACAUCAUUGGACUCUUCGAAAGUUAAAAAAAAUUCUCUUCGAUUGAAAAGAUUACAGGAUCGAACUACGAAAAAAGAACAUAACUUGAACAAUAUUGGUCAAGAUACUUAUGAUGAUAAUUUUAAUUUCUCCGAUUUUUCAAAAUUGAACGAAGACACUGUCCAAUUGACGAACAUGGAAAAUGAAAAUACUAAUCUCCAAUCUCAUCAAGCGAUGAAAAUUCUUGUUCCCAAUCUAAAGAUGCUACAACUCAAUUUCCAGAGGUCCAAAUCGAUAAGGAGUUUCGGGAUAUGAGCAUACAGGUUUCAACAGUAUCACUAACUCCAAAAUUUACAUCUUUAAUUACAACUGAGUAUGAAUUGAGCACAAUGACAGGAAUACCUGACUUUGCUUUACUGAAAUCAAUAAAAAAGUUAGUUGAUAAAAAAACAUCAUCUGCCCACGUGAACGCUAAAUUUGAUAAUCAAGAGAUUAUUGUUAUGACAUUUAUGAAACUG